AUGGCUCAAAAUUCAGCAGUGAGAAUGUUUCGUAUCGCUACGAUUAAUGUUCACGGAUUUAUCAAUCCAUGGACAGGUCGAAGCAACGUACACUCUUUGGUCUCAGUACUUGCACCACUCGAAUUCGAUCUGAUUGCUUUAGAAGAAGCAACAAACAGUACGGAUUCGAGGAUACUUCAAGAUUAUCUUUCCUUACCUCAUUCAGUUUUUGGAGCAAGCUAUAAUUCUACCCAUGGCAAUGCCAUUCUCUCGCGUCAUCCGAUCGUAUACAGCAUGAAUGUCAUUGCUGAUCAUCGAUGUCGUGGUGGUACCCGAGCAAUGUUACAAUUCAAUCUCGGUGGUAAUCAUCCUUUUGUUGAAAAUCGAAGAUUUGCCGUAACACAUUUGGAUCAUAUCAAUGAAGAUGAUCGAAUUGUUCAAAUGAUUUCUUUUGCUCCGCAUCAUAAAAAUGUCAGCAUUUUAAUGGGUGAUAUGAAUGCAGUGACACGUGAAGAUUACUCUGAUGAUUAUUACCAGCAUAUUGUUUUCGAUAAACGAAAAGAAGCUCGAUGGGAAUUACCUCGUUUCGAUCUCACUCGUCUCAUAACAACAAGUUUCGGUUUUCAAGAUGCUUUUCGACAAGCUAAUCCAGAACUGAAAGAUGAACAAGUGGCGACGUGUCCUUAUGGCACACGAAUUGAUUACAUCUUCUGGCGUCCAUUGAUCAAUGAUGACUGGGUAUUAAAAGAUUGUUCUCUUGUUGAUACUAAACAGGCCACUGAUCAUCAAGCAGUCAUGGCCAUAUUUGAAUGUCGACAGAAAUAA